UCGUCCCUUCUUUAAGGGAAAUGUCCCAACCAAAUUAUUCGUUUCCAGAUGUGCUUCCACGCCGUCUAAACACAUUAUCCUACUUGUCGAUGUUUUGUUAUGAAUCUGGAUUUGAGAAUUAUGUUCCACGACGUGCUGCUCCAGAUGGCUGUAAUAUUGAUGACCCAAAGACACUGAAUAACUUGAUACGAGUCAGCAAGUUCUAUGAACCGAAUCCGAAAUAUCUGGAGCUUAUCCAGAAGAACAAUUUUACGAUAGAGAUGAGAAAGCAACUUACGGAGUGGAUGUUUGAGAUCUCUGACGUAUGCGAGGAAGGAGUAUUACCUCAUGCAGUUAACUUAUUAGACAGAUAUCUCUCUAAAGCCACCGUUGUGUCACCCCGGGACGAUUUGCAAGUUAUCGGAGCUGUGUGCCUGUUCCUGGCCAGCAAACUCCGAGAGAACCAACCCCUACCUGUGGAUAGAUUAUGUGAGAGUGGAAGUUUUAGCUACACCAGCAAGCAAGUCAGGAGUUGGGAGCUGCGAAUACUGAACAUGUUGAAUUGGGACACGAGCGCGGUGCUACCUCACGACCUGUUAGACCACUUCCUCCACAGACUCCCGAUACCAGAUCAAGUUAAGAGCCGAGUAACUUACCACGCCAGAACCCUCAUAAACAUGUGCUGUACAGAGUAUAUGUUUCUGCCGCACUCCAGUACGAUGAUGGCUACUGGAUGUCUCUACGAUGCCAUAUUCGCCCUGGGUUCCAAGUACAUGGAACUGCGACGGACUCUCCCUGAACUGAUGAGCCACUUCGUUGAUAUCAACAAGGACGAGUUAGCGGUGAUACACAGUAAGGUACGAACUCUGAUAGCAGCUAACCGGACGGACCUGCCACAUGUGGAUGUCGAACCCCUCCAGUCAAGAGAGAAGUCUCCCGGACCAAUGCACACCCCCAAAGAUCUCCUGGAGAUGGAAGGGUGCUAACUGCUCUCUUGCGGACUAUUGUCACAGAAAACACGUUUCAAAAUGACAAGAAACGAGGUGUCAGAUCGGGGUAUAUUUGAUAAAUUUAAAAAGUUUUUUAAGCUUUCCCCUUUGUUACAGAAGGAUAUUUAUAGAUCGAUUUAUACUGUGUGUGACUCUCUAUCUUUCUGAAUAAUAUGAAAUAAUAAUUGAUUGAGUUGUGAAAGAGAGACGAUUCAACUUCAAGCCGUGUGAAAGGAAUUUGACCAAUGUUGUCCCACCAUCUACGUAGAUCACGUACCUAAAAGAGAAACCGGACUUAUAUACUGUUUUCCCUGUUUUUGUUGUAUGAUUUGAGGAUAUUCUCUGUUCUUGACCGAGUUUUAGCUGUUAGUGCACCGUUUACCCACAGUCAGACUACACAAUAUAAUCCCCUAGAUAGCGGUUAACCUAAUAAUUUCCCGUCGGGAUGUUUUUAAGUUUUUUUAAUUUUUAAAGUUCUUAUAAGUUAUGAAGAGUGUUAAGUGUUAGGUGCAACCCGUGUGUGAAAACUGUGUUCGUAUUUUGGUGGCAGUGUUAAGAUGAUCGCUACUCAUUUGGCCCAAAUAACUGCGAACUUAUGAACUUGGUGAUAGACAAACAAUUAGCCUAGUAACUUAUUGAGAUUAUGGAAAGGGUUUUUUUUAAAUGGGACACAAACUUGAGUUUCCAAUGUGCUAUAAAAAAGAUGUUAUCUGUUUCAAAAUGUUGAAUUCCUGGAAGGACAUAGUUAUUGUAUCGUAGACUAUUAAAGGUGGACACGAAGUAUUUUCUAAACGUGAUACAUAAUACCUACAUCAACCAAAAUUAAUGUUAACUAGAAAUGUAUUAUUAUUUGAUGAGUCAAGAGCAGAAUUUCUGAAUAGCUUAAUGGUUUGUUAUUUGUUAUUUAAGCCGUAAAGAUACAAAAUUGAAAUGUUGCCAAUUGUUGACUGACAGCUUCUUUUCUAGGAUAUCAAAAUAACAAAAACUAAUAACACAAUUUAAACGAAAUUGGCAACAUUUUACAAAAAUAUUUGUCUGCAUGGGUCGAAUCAUGUGAUCAACUGUAGAUUUCUUGGCCGGGGAAUACCGAUUCACUUUUUGAAUAGACCUAUUUGGAUAUGAAUCUACAUUUUCAUGAGAAUAAACUAGAAUUGGAAAUUUGUACCUCAAAUUUUCUGCUAUCUUGCCCUAUUCUGAAUACAUCGAUGUUUUUAAUGCUACCAAAGGUUUUGAUAUAUCUAGAGUUUUGAUUUUUAAUUUAUGAUAUAAUGUGCCUUACUUUUAUAGUAACGACCCACCAUUAAAUUAUUCCACCUUUUCUCCCAUUCCGCACAUUCCUAAUCGUAGGCACAACACCUAGAGUUUUUCAACUUGUAUUGUAAUUUGUGGUAGCAUUUGUCAUACAGAAUUUUUUAAACAAUUUACUAUAUAUAACUGGCAAAGUUUUCAAGUUUCUAUUAUAUUUAAUAAGUAUCGUACGAAAUACAGUUUUGAAUCAAUCCAAGUUUCGGAGCAAAGUUUACACGGUGAUAACUGUUAUGAUGUUAAGAGUUUACGAUUCCUGAAAGGUAAGUUUUGAAAACUGUGUUAAUUUGUUCAAUUCUACUUGUAUAUAUCAAAAGUUGUAAAAGUACAAAAUGGAUAAUGUCUACUUAGAAUACUGCAGUUGAAUGCUGCAGUUACUUUAGAAAAUUAUGUAAUAACCUACUGCUACUUUCAUCAUAAAGAAGAUUGGGCCUAUCAACUGAAAAUAGUGACCAUAUAAUGUUGUCAAAAAGUAUCAGUUCUUUUCAACGAUGCCGUAAAUUUGGAGCUCCAAUAUUUUAUAAAACUCUUAAGUCGAAAUUUUACACUUUAAUUGAGAAGUAGGCAUUAUCCCCGUUUCGAAGUCACAAACUGCUUUAUUCUCUAAUAUUUGGAUUGUUC